CCCACCUCGCGCCGUCGGGGCCUGCAGACCUCAGGUCCUUUGCGAGAAGUGCCCCGCUGGUUGUGCGGGUGGAUUUCACAGCCAGUUAACACGCGGGAGACGGGGCUAACAUGUAACAUGGGAGCCUGUCUUUUUUUCCCGCGUCACUGACCCUACUCCCCCUUUUCCCAUACACUGGUUUUCAUCAGCGAUUUUGCACAGCUCCGUGAUUUUUAGGGAUGAUCGCGUCAUGUGAUAGCAGUGGUGACGUACAAUCAUUCACAAAUUUCACUUGUACAGGAAUGAUGUGUGUGGAACAGGAUGACGUCCCACGUGUAUUUCUCCUGAGCUUGGUAUGUUUUUCUUUUAUUUUUCAGCCCAUUCUCAGCUAUGAGAAUAUUUUUAGGUUUGCUUUUCAAGAAGUACCAGCCCAGCAGGCGACUGAAGAUGUCUCUGCCUUAGACCACUUCCUAGAGAUGGGCGGUGAAGGAGCGCCAGGCUGCGGAUCUGGGCAUAAAUGGUGCUCUGAAUCUAGAAAAUUCUGGAGAGCUCUUCAGAACGCAGACAGCACGUCCACUUCCCGAUGCCUCUGGAGCGGGUCCCGCAGCCAGGAAACCUUCCUCCUAGUUCUCGGGGUCAGUGCUGCUCAGGUGAGGUAA